AUGCCUUGCUACGACCUGGUCUCCAGCUCUGCCUCUGGCGUUGCCCACCCCCAGCCCCUCGCUGACAGCUGCAAUGAGCCAUGUGUCCGUCAGUGCCCUGAUACCACUACUGUGAUCCAGCCACCUCCAGUGGUCGUCACCUUCCCUGGCCCUAUCCUCAGCUCUUUCCCCCAGCAUUCAGCUGUGGGAUCCUCUGGAGCACCUGUGCUUGAGGGCUAUAGUGGCCUUGGAGGCUAUGGGGGCUAUGGGGCCCUGGGAGGCUAUGGAGGUCACUAUGGCUAUGGGGGCUAUGGCUCCCUGGGCUAUGGUGGUCUGUAUGGCUGUGGGGGUUCUCUGGGUUAUGGGGGUCUGCAUGGGUAUGGUAGACUCUAUGGAUCUGGCUACUCCAGCCCUUACUCCUACUGGCACAACAGGUACCUCCGUGGCAACUGUGGCUUCUGGUAA